UUGUUCAGUGUUCACUGCGGUCGGCGCGUGACGGGUGCACAGCAACGGGGCACAGUAAGGUAAACUGUCCAGAUGGAGACUUUUGCUCGGUGUGAAUUUUGAUAUUUAACUUGAAUUCUUUAUUAGAGCAUCACAUACUUUAGUUUAGAGAGCAAUCUGGAUAUUGAGGAUUUUUACCCUGCCUUGCGCAAACGCGUGAGUUGUUGUCAUUAACGCAGGUCAGUCAGUCAGUCAGUCAGUGAGUUUUGGUUCGAGUAAGCUUGCUGAUACGCUACACGGCUUCAUACGGUUUUAAACGAGCAACUUCAUCGCAGCUUGGAUAUAUUUGUGUGUCAUGGCUCUGCGGGCGAGAGCUCUUUAUGACUUUAAUUCAGAAAACACAGGGGAGAUAACAUUAAAGGAGAAUGAGAUUGUCAAUAUAUACAGCGAGCAGGACAUUGAGGGUUGGCUGGAGGGGAUGAACAGCAGAGGGGAGAGAGGACUCUUCCCCGCAUCAUACGUGGAGAUCUUGAGGAAUGACAACGUAUCGUCUUUGAACAACAACAGCUCUCGAUAUUCCAAUGUUCCGACCGUUGGGUUUGAUUCCUCCUAUAAUGUUCAAAACAUAGAUAUCAGCAACCCACCACCAUCCACCUUUGCACCCUGCCCAGCACUACCUCAACAUCAUAUAGGUACCCCAGCGAGUGAUGAUGAUUGGGACGACGAGUGGGACGAUCACUUAUCUGUGACCGAUGAGCCACGAGGUGGUGGUGGAGCUUACCAGAAUUAUGAAGGAAACGGACCUCAUACCUACAGUAUCUCCACAACCUCGAUGCCCAGAGGUGCACAGCACGCCAAGAGUUCAGCCACAGUCAGCAAAAAUCUGAACCGGUUCUCGACUUUUGUGAAGUCGGGAGGUGAGGCUUUUGUACUUGGGGAAGCAUCUGGUUUUGUGAAGGAUGGAGAUAAAAUUUGUGUUGUGAUGGGGCAGUACGGACCGGAAUGGCAAGAAAACCCUUACCCUUUUAGUUGCACUAUCGAUGACCCAACUAAACAGACCAAAUUUAAAGGCAUGAAAAGUUACAUCUCAUAUAAACUCUCGCCGACCCACACUCAGAACCAGGUUAAUAGAAGAUAUAAGCAUUUUGAUUGGCUGUAUGCCCGAUUGGUGGAGAAAUUCCCUGUCAUCUCUGUGCCGCACAUCCCAGAAAAACAAGCCACGGGUCGUUUCGAAGAAGACUUUAUCUCCAAGAGGAAAAGAGGGUUGAUAUGGUGGAUGAACCAUAUGACCAGCCACCCGGUGCUCGCCAGGUGUGAUGUUUUUCAGCACUUCCUUACCUGCCCCAGCACGGAUGAAAAGAUUUGGAAGCAAGGAAAGCGGAAAGCUGAGAAGGACGAGAUGGUCGGUGCCAAUUUUUUCCUCACCAUCAGCACCCCGCCAGCCCCAUUGGAUUUGCAGGAAGUCGAAAGCAAAACUGACGGAUUCAAGGCCUUUACCAAAAAAAUGGACGAUAGCGUGAUACAAGUAAAUGCCACGCUUAGUGAGUUUGCAAGAAAACAGAUAGCCGGCUUCAAGAAAGAAUAUCAGAAAGUCGGACAGUCGUUUAAGUAUCUAAGUCAGGCGUUUGAGAUGGACCAACAGCCGUACUCGGUUGCUUUAAACCAAGCAAUUGCAUACACGGGAGAGGCAUAUGAAGCUAUUGGAGACUACUUUGUGGAGCAACCUAAACAAGAUCUGGACCCUGUGAUGGAUUUGUUAGCACUGUACCAAGGACACCUUGCAAACUACCCAGACAUCAUCCAUGUACAAAAAGGUGCUCUCACAAAGGUCAAAGACAGUCAGAAGCACAUAGAGGAAGGGAAGAUGGAGAGUCAGCAGGCCGAUGGGAUCAGGGAGCGCUGCAACAUCAUCUCUUUCGCAACGCUGGCUGAGAUUCAGCACUUCCACCAGAUUCGAGUGCGGGACUUUAAAGGUCAGAUGCAGCAUUACCUGCAACAGCAGAUCGGUUUCUUCCAGAAGAUCACGGGCAAGCUAGAGGAAGCACUGCAGAAAUACGACAAUGCCUAAAUGGAACGAACAGACAGCGGAGAGUCAGACAGUCCCGCUUCAGCAAUAUGACCAAUCACGAGCCAAACAGGAACGUUUCCUGGAGACUCUGUUCCCACACAAUGAAUGUCAGUUAUAAAGAACUAUUUGAUGCUUGGAAAAGUAUUUAAAAUGAAAAUAUUCCUCUUUUUAAAGGUGUUUGAUGGUUUACUGGUUUGGACUGUAUUUUCCUCUAAUAUGAGGAUCAAACUAACGUACAGGAAAACAAGUGGAGGAAACAGUCAUUCUGCUAGCAUUAUGUAUCUAUGGUCCUGCUACUAUUAUAAUGGUUUGGAAGUGUUACAUAAUCUUCACAUGGUUGAAUGAUGCAUUUAUAUGACCUAAGGAGCUCGCGUGAGUCCUCACUGCCACCUCCAAACACUUGAGCCCCUUUUAGCCGUUCUUAGACUACGUUUACAGACCUUAAAGAGCCGGUGACAUCACUGUUGUGCCUUUCAAUUCCGUCUUGUUGGUAUAAGUUCUAUAUAUAUUAUUUUAUUUUACAAUUAUUUUACAAGGUUUUUAUCUUAAAAAUAACGUCAUAACUGCUUUUAAACGGCAGGGUGCAAUUGUAGCUGGCUCGAAACUUUAAGUGUGGGGGUAGCUGGUUACAAUGCCCUAAUUUGUUAUUCUGACUGAUUUCUUUUCCUUGAUAAUUUGGGUCCAAUACAGAACACAAAGUGCAUUUUGGAAAAACAGCAGUUCUCUUCAGAUUACCUGUCAUUACUUACAGACUAUUAAACAUGCUUGUGUUGCAUAACAGGAAGGAACAUGAUUAAGUUCAGAUUGAGAUGCAAUGGGAACAGAAAACACACUCAGGAUUUCAAGACAUUUCAUACAAGUUUAUUUUGGACACUUUAACCAGCUUUUUUAUCUUUUUUUUUUUUAAAACGAACAGUUUAAAAGAGAAUCAGAAAUUGAGUUAAUUUUUAUUAAAAGAUUUGUAUUUAUCAUUGUCAAAGGCAAAACGUGCCUAGCUGUGCGGAAAUGUUACUAAAUAAAAUGUGCUAAAUAAAUAGUUCACAGAAUUUUGAA